CAGCAGCAUGGACGGGCUUGGGAUCAGUCCUUGGCAGAUAAUGAUGCGGUGCUCCGCUGCUUUGCAUGUGUGCGGCAGGCAGGUUUCCAAGGAAAACCAAGGAAAGUGAAACUGAUUUGGCAGGGUGGUGCCAGCUGGUGUGCCAGACGCAUAGGACCCAGCUCCUGCUCACCAGCAGCAGGAUGAAGCCUCCCCAAGGACUUCACUCCAUGGCUUGCUCCCCCAGCGCUGAUUUCCCCUUUCCCAUUCCUCCCUUCCCCACAAGUCUUAUCCACACCUUCCUCUGCUGUUUUGCUCUUGGUCACUAGCAGCCCGUGCCUACCUAUUUUGUCUUAUCUGACCCCACUGUCUGUCCCUGUCCUGCCCAGCCCUUUCCUGGAAUCAUGGUUGCUCCUCUUUCUGCUUCUGUGCCACUUGCCUACACAGAGAUACCGUGUUCUGCCUUCUCUGUGCCUUGGCUCUCCCUACCUUGGAGCAAUCCUGGAGCUCGUCUCUGCCCCACCUAAUGAGGCUGUUGACUUGAAUCCCACGGACCCACCAACAAAAUGACCAGUGUUCCCACCAUGCCCUGAUAUAUGUGUGGGAGAGCCCUGGGGGGACACAGGUGGCAACAUGCCAGAGUGGGGUCUGGGGUGGAUCUGUCACAGUCCACUAGUUCCACCUGUCAGGGACAGGGUUGGUGGAGCAGAACCAGAGCAGGAGCACCCAGCUGUCAAGGCACAGACCUGGUAAGCAGAAGCAACCACUCACCAGGAAGCACUGGAGCUCACUCCACAGCUGGUGAGACCUGAUGUGGCAGCCAGGGCAAUGGCACCACAGGAGCUCUGGGAAUGCACUACCUCAUAGGGUCAAGGAGUGGAAGUGGGGAAACUGAGGCACAAGACCACCAUGACUCACUGUCACCACUGCCGUCAGUCCAGAGAUACAUCCCUGUUUUUUGGGGUGGGUGGGGUCUCAACCACAGGAGAGUUGCUGGGCGCAGGGAUGGGUGCUACAACAACCUGUUGCUUAACCCUGCACCCACGGGGGAGGUGCCAGGUGGGGCAGGCAGGUGGCCCAUCGUUCCCUGGCCAGGGCUGAGCUGUGCCCUGCUCCCACAGGAGCACCCCGAGGACGGCCGUGCCAGCAUCUACCGCUCCGUCAUCAUCAACACCUCCAAGGAGAUGAUGUGCUACAGCGACUUCCCCAUCCCUGAGGACUUCCCCAACUACAUGCACAACUCCAAGAUCAUGGAGUACUUCCACAUGUAUGCCCAGCACUUCGACCUGCUGCGCCACAUCCGCUUCAGGACCAGCGUGUGCCGCGUGUCCAAGCGCCCCGACUUCGCCAGCAGCGGGCAGUGGGAGGUGGUGACGGAGAGCGAGGGGAAGCAGGAGGCGGCCGUCUUCGAUGCCGUGCUGGUGUGCAGUGGGCACCACACCAACGCUCAUCUCCCGCUCAGUUCCUUCCCAGGGCUGGAGAAGUUUGAGGGCUCCUACCUGCACAGCCGGGACUACAAGAUCCCUCAGCCCUUUUGGGGAAAACGGGUGGUCGUGGUUGGCAUUGGGAAUUCAGGCAUCGAUAUCGCAGUGGAGCUGAGCCACACAGCCAAGCAGGUUUUCCUCAGCACCAGGCGUGGGUCCUGGGUGCUGCACCGGGUGGCAGACAAUGGGUACCCCUUUGACAUCAGCUACCUCAGUCGCUUCAUGCAGCUCCUCCAGGACCUGGUGCCUCAGAGUAUCAGGAAUUUCUUCAUGGAGUGGAAGCUGAAUGCCCGCUUUGACCACACCCUCUAUGGCCUAAAGCCCAAGCACGGGAUCCUUGACCAGCACCCCACUGUCAACGAUGACCUGCCCAACCGCAUCAUUUCGGGCAGGGUGCGGGUGAAGCCAAACGUCCGGGAGUUCACAGAGACAUCGGCCAUCUUUGAGGAUGGCACCAGGGAAGAUGUCGAUGCUGUAGUUUUUGCCACAGGUUACAGCUUCUCCUUCCCGUUCCUCGAGAGCUGCGUGAAGGUGGUGGAGAACCAGAUUCCCCUCUACAAAUUCAUGUUCCCCCCUGAGCUGGAGAAGCCGACGCUGGCUUUCAUCGGCCUCAUCCAGCCCUGGGGAGCCAUCAUGCCCAUCUCAGAGCUCCAGAGUCGCUGGGCCGCCUACGUCUUCAAAGGGCUGCAGGGCCUGCCACCGCCUGCCGACAUGCUGGCCGAAAUCACAGAGACCAAGCAGAGAAUGGCUCAGCGGUACGUGAAGAGCCAGCGGCACACCAUCCAGGUGGAUUACAUCCCUUACAUGGACGACCUCGCCCGCCAGCUGGGGGUCAAGCCCAACCUGCUCACGCUGUUCCUCACGGACCCCAGGCUGGCCAUGGAGGUGGCCUUCGGUCCGUGCACGCCGUACCAGUACCGGCUGCGGGGCCCGGGCGCCUGGGCGGGAGCCAGGGCCGCCAUCCUCAGCCAGCGGCAGCGCGUGGUCAGCGCCCUGCAGCCGCGGGCCGCCCGCCGCGCCGCGCGGCCCCGCGCCCUGCCCCGCGCCCUCACCCUGCUCCUCAGCAUCGGCGUGAUUCUGGCCACCCUGCUCUACGUCUCGCUCUCUCCUUAGCCUCAAGGGAAGGAGACAGCGGGUCCUGCCGGCAGCAUUCUGCUUUUCCCUUGGGCUUGUGUGUGUUAUCUCUCGCUAGCUGCGCCGGAGCACGGAGGGAGCCGUUCCUUGAAGGGGCUGCUGAGCUGCCAUGGGGAACACCACCAGCGAUCGGGUGUCUGGGGAGCGCCAUGGCUCCAAGGCCCAGCGCUCCGACGGCUCCGGGGCCUCCCACCCCGCCAAGGAGCACCCGCACAAGAUCAUGGUGGGCAG